GCCCAGCUUGCGCCGGAGUCACCGAGGUUCCCCCCAACACCGGAAGUGACCCUGGCGGGUUUGCCUUCAAAUUCUCGGAGAGUGGAAGCAGCGCCCCGAGACUGUUGACCAGGCAGUGCUGGGUCCGUGAGCACAAAACAGGGUGGUUGGGACAGGACAGGGCAGGGCCGUCCUUCAUCGCUGCCCGGUGCCCCGCUCGGCCCUCCCGCUCCGCCUGCCGCUGGGCGGUUUCCCGAGGAGCCUCGGAGACACAGCUUAUAAUUGAGCAUGAGUCUUCUUAUGAUUAGUGAGAAUGUAAAAUUGGCCCGUGAAUAUGCAUUGCUGGGAAAUUAUGACUCUGCAGUGGUCUAUUAUCAGGGAGUUCUUGAUCAAAUGAACAAGUAUCUAUACUCAGUCAAAGAUACAUACCUCCAACAGAAAUGGCAACAGGUUUGGCAGGAAAUAAAUGUGGAAGCUAAACACGUUAAGGAUAUCAUGAAAACACUAGAAAGCUUUAAACUAGACAGCACUCCAUUAAAAGCUGCACAGCAUGAGCUUCCAGCAUCCGAGGGAGAAGUCUGGUCCCUGCCUGUGCCUGUUGAACGAAGACCCUCACCAGGACCUAGAAAACGCCAGUCGUCUCAGUACAGUGACCCUAAACCACAGGGUAACCGUUCAAGUACAACUGUCAGAGUUCACCGUCCAUCCGCACACAGUGUUCACAAUGACAGAGGGAAAGCUGUUCGUUGUCGGGAAAAGAAAGAACAGAAUAAAGGAAGAGAGGAAAAGAACAAAUCACCUGCUGCAGUUACAGAACCAGAGACAAAUAAAUUUGAUAGUACUGGAUACGAUAAGGACUUAGUAGAAGCUUUGGAAAGAGAUAUAAUUUCUCAGAAUCCCAAUGUUCGAUGGGAUGAUAUUGCUGAUUUAGUAGAAGCUAAAAAGUUGCUUAAGGAAGCUGUGGUGUUACCAAUGUGGAUGCCAGAAUUCUUCAAAGGCAUUAGGAGACCAUGGAAAGGAGUGUUGAUGGUUGGCCCACCUGGCACAGGAAAGACCCUCCUUGCUAAAGCAGUAGCUACUGAAUGCAAGACAACAUUCUUCAAUGUCUCUUCAUCAACUCUGACUUCCAAAUACAGAGGAGAGUCUGAGAAGCUUGUUCGUCUUCUGUUCGAAAUGGCUCGAUUUUACUCUCCAGCCACCAUAUUUAUUGAUGAGAUAGAUUCCAUUUGUAGCCGCAGAGGGACUUCCGAAGAGCACGAGGCAAGCAGAAGGGUGAAAGCCGAGCUGCUGAUUCAGAUGGACGGUGUUGGAGGUGCUUCUGAAAAUGACGACCCUUCCAAAAUGGUUAUGGUUCUGGCAGCUACUAAUUUUCCCUGGGAUAUUGAUGAGGCUUUAAGACGACGUCUUGAAAAAAGAAUCUAUAUUCCAUUGCCAUCAGCAAAAGGCAGGGAGGAGCUAUUACGAAUAAGUCUACGUGAGCUGGAAUUGGCUGAUGAUGUUGACCUUGCAAGUAUAGCAGAAAACAUGGAAGGUUAUUCAGGUGCGGACAUUACCAACGUGUGCAGGGAUGCAUCCUUGAUGGCAAUGAGAAGGCGUAUUGAAGGUUUGACCCCAGAAGAAAUCAGAAAUCUUUCAAGAGAAGAAAUGCACAUGCCUACAACUAUGGAGGAUUUUGAAAUGGCUUUAAAAAAGGUUUCUAAGUCAGUAUCUGCUGCAGACAUUGAAAGAUAUGAGAAGUGGAUAUUUGAGUUUGGAUCAUGCUAAAUUCUCACAUGUAAACUGUGAGAAACCUGCAUUAAGUGUUUGAAUAAUAAUUAAAAGUAGUAUGUCAUUGCACCAAGCGCUAUAUUUUUUUAAAUUUUCAUAAUGGUAAGAGUGAAAAAAAAGUAUGAUUCUGAAUAAAGGAAAUUUUUAAAAGUUA